AUGGAGGGCGAGGCGCCGGCGUGCGUGUCCAAGGUGCUCGACGAGGACAACCUCCUCCGAGAGAUCAUCGUCCGCGUCGGCUUCCCCACCAGCCUCGUCCGCGCCGCCGGCGUCUGCACGCGCUGGCUCAGCCACGCCUCCGACCGCGCGCUCCUCCGCCGUUUCCGCGAGCUCCACCCGCCCAGGCUCCUCGGCUUCUACCUCGCGAACAGGGAGCGUCCGGGCGGCGCGCGCUUCUUCCCGGCGCUGCCUCUGCCCCCGGAUCUCGCCGCCGUCGUCCGCCGCGCAAGCUUCAGCCUGGACACCGCACGCCGCUCCGCAGGCUUCAGCCCCGACACCCACUCGGACGGGCGGACCGACGUGGUGGGCUGCUGGAACGGCAGCGUCCUCACCAGCUCGCAGGGGCAGAAUUACGCGCACGGUCGAUCUGAAAUCAUAUUUGAAGUGCACAGCCCGCUAUGCUCCGGCUCCGAGAAAGGUGCGGCCAUCAUCCCAGCACUACACCUCAAAGUCCAGGAUGGAAUCUGCAGGCUUAUUAGACAACUCUUCUUCAGAGAAGAAGGGGAUGGAUUGUCCUACUUUUUUGUCACGGUGGAGUGUACCAGGUAUCAUGAAGAUUCUCAAGUGCAUGUGUAUAUGCUGCAAAAUGGUGAUGAUGCCUGGCGCCUGCAUCUCACCUUGGCCUCCGACCUCCUCCUGUAUCCACGCAAAAGCCCCAAAGGCGUGCUCGUUGACAACAGAAUCUAUUUGCCGACCGACAAUGAAAUUGUUGUCCUGGAUUUGGUGUCCUCAAGUUUAUCGACAAUUCAGCUCCCACAAGGGGUGGGUUUUAGUCCGAUAGGCACCACCAUGUUGUCACGGGCUGAUGAUUCUUCUGGUGUAUAUCUCAUCCAUAUCAAGGACCUUCAACUUAGCAUCUGGCUCCACAAUGGGGACAACUGGUUGCUGGUGGACACCAUUUGCUUGUGUGAAAUAUCUGAUAAUUUGUUUGACGAUGAGCCUACUGAUGAGAUCCUGAUAAACCAUGUGGGGGACUAUAAUGAGUUUGUGUUCUUGGAGAUGGGUCGAUGUGCACUCUACUUGGAUGUCAAACGUAGGACGCUGCGUAAAGUGUAUGAGAUGACAACAGAGGAGCAACAGUUGGGUGAUAUCUAUCCUCUUAUGAUGAGCUGGCUUCCCAGUUUCCCUGCGCUCAUGGAUAGUCCUGCAAGGUUUGCCUUUUGCCCUUUUCGUGAUUUAUAUAGUGUCCUUGUAGAGUUUACGCAAUUUUGCAAUUCGCGUCAUGCAUCUCACUGUUUGGUACUAUAG